AUGUCAUCUUUUCAGCCUCCCUUCACCGCCACGUCAGAGGCCAGCGAUUGGUCGCCCUUCCUCGAGCAGGGGUCGAUGUCCUCCACCAAUGACAACCUCGAUCUCGACUACCAGUGGCUCGAUGAGGCUCUCGCCAGCCUCCCCAACGACAACCGCAUGACUGAGGACCAAACCAUGGCCGUCUUCGACAUGAGCCUCCAGGCUCCGCAGCAGAACUUCCUCCCCACCAACGACUACAGCUUCGCCGCCCCGGAGCCACAGCACGGCGCUGUCGCUCCCUCUUCCUUCAACCCUCUGAUCGACGACAACGCUUGGAUGUUUCAGCCUGGCCCUGCCACCUUCGGCAUUAGCGCGCCCUUCGGGGCGGGCCAAUGGGGCCUGCCUCAGAUGGUCGAUCAGCCGAUGAGCCUGGUUCCACAGACCGGGGCGACGCCCUUCGAGUCCAUGCUGGAGCCAAUGGCUUCCAUGCACACUGCGCAGCCGGGCGUCAGAUCUGCACCUACCCCGGCAGAUGCCAGGUAG